AUGUCCGACAAGAGAGAACUCGAGAAAAAGGCCCCCGAGGCAUCGAAUACCGAUCCUGCGAACACCAGCGCCAACGAUGCCGGCGCAUCAAAGCCCGCACCUAGAAUGGAUCCCAAACUGACCGAGGCACUCCUGGAACUAAACCCCGCCCUGAAGAACGAGUUGGCCACUAUGGAUAAAGGGAAAGCCGCAGAGGCACUGCACAAUCUGGACAUUGCCGAGUUGCUGACCGGGUUGUCCGUGGGCGGAAAGAACCCGAAGGACAUGGCAUCGUACAAGUUCUGGCAGACGCAGCCCGUGCAGCGGUUUGAUGAGGAUUUCAGCAAGGAGGUUGCAGAGGGGCCUAUUAAGGUGAUUGAUCCGGAGAAGGUGUCGAAGGAACCGGAUAGGUUGUUGGAAGGGUUUGAGUGGACGACGCUGGACUUGACGAAUCAGGAGGAGUUGCAGGAGUUGUGGGAUUUGUUGACGAAUCAUUAUGUGGAGGAUGAUAAUGCUAUGUUUCGGUUUAGAUACUCGCAGUCGUUUCUGCAUUGGGCUUUGAUGUCGCCGGGCUGGAAAAAGGAGUGGCACGUUGGUGUCCGCGCCUCCAAGUCGAAGAAGUUGGUCGCUUCCAUUAGCGGUGUGCCAACGGAGAUCCGAGUGCGCGACCAGAAGCUCAAGGUGACAGAGAUCAACUUCCUUUGCAUCCACAAGAAGCUCCGAUCUAAGCGUCUGGCACCAGUCUUGAUCAAGGAGAUCACGCGCCGGUGCUAUUUGAACGGAAUCUACCAGGCCAUCUACACGGGAGGCACUCUCCUCCCCACCCCUGUCAGCUCGUGCCGCUACUACCACCGUCCCCUCGACUGGCUGAAGCUCUACGAGGUUGGCUUCUCGCCUCUUCCCCACGGAUCUACCAAGGCUCGCCAAAUCAGCAAGAACCACCUUCCCUACGUCACGUCCACCCCUAACCUGCGUCCUAUGGGAGCCAAGGACAUUGACGCUGUCCAAGACCUGCUCGAGCGGUACGAGAAGCGCUUUGACCUGAACCAGGCGUUUAACCGCGAGGAGAUUGAACACUGGCUGCUGCACAAGCCGGAACAAAAGGAUCAGGUGGUCUGGUCGUAUGUCGUGGAGGACCCCGAAAGCCACAAGAUUACCGACUUCUUUUCUUUCUACAACCUCGAGUCCACCGUUAUUCAACACCCCAAGCAUGAUAACGUGCGCGCCGCCUACCUCUACUAUUACGCAACCGAGACAGCCUUCACCGGAGACCAGAAGGCUCUCAAGGAGCGCUUGUUGCAGCUCAUAAACGACGCCUUGAUCUUGGCGAAGAAGGCCAAAUUCGACGUCUUUAACGCCCUCACUCUCCACGACAACCCUCUAUUCCUCGAGCAGCUCAAGUUUGGCGCUGGUGAUGGCCAGCUCCACUACUACAUUUACAAUUACCGUGCGGCGCCUAUUGCGGGAGGUGUCAAUGAGAAGAACCUGCCCGACGAGAAGAAGAUGGGUGGAGUUGGUGUUGUUAUGCUGUAG